ACGUUUAGAUUUUAUAUGACUGUACUUAGUACAGAAAUCUGCUUUAUAUAACGACAGUGUGCAGUUGCGCCACAAUGCCUAGGUAGACGGACUGACGUAGGAGAGUAGAGGUCGAGGCGAACUCCCAGAAAGCCAGGCGGCAGGCGCAUUGUGCAUCGUCACUGUGAUCUGUACGAACUUAAAGCAAUGGCUCUCUCGUCUCUGGUGUCCUCAGGAAUGCUGCUGAGGGGUCUCUGCAGGCUGACACUUCCCCGGCUGUCUGCUGUGGCACCGUCCAGAGUGUCUUUCUGUGCCUCCACCGCCGCAAGGGCUCAGAAGGAAUGGAUUGAAGUGACAUAUGAGAAGGCUGAUGGAACCACAUACACUGUUCAAGGCAAGGAGGGGGACAAUCUCCUUGAUGUUGCAAUUAAUAAUGACCUUGACCUUGAUGGCUUUGGUGCAUGCGAAGGUACCCUGGCAUGUUCCACAUGUCAUUUGGUCUUCAAGAAGGAAGACUUCGACAACAUAGAAGAAAUAUGUACAGAUGAAGAAUUAGACAUGCUGGACUUGGCCUAUGGUCUAACAGAUGAGAAGGUGGACAUCUCUCUCGCUGGAUGUGGAUUCUUGGGAAUUUACGUCAUUGGAGCUCUUGACUGUUUGAAAUCCUCUUCUCCGAGUUUAUUACACAAAGCUAAUUUUUAUGGAGUAUCUGCUGGAGCAUUACUUGGUGCAUGUAUUCUAUGUGAUGUACCUUUAAAUUUUGUGAGGGCGGGCUUUCUUCAAACUGCAUCAGAGACGAGGAAAUGGGCAAUGGGUGCAUUUACUCCUGGGUUCAAUUUUGGAGAUCAUCUUAAUGUUGGAUUUGAAAGAUUACCCCCUGAUGCACACCUCAGAACUAAUGGUCGACUUCAUGUGUCAGUGACUCGUAUGCGUGACAUGUCCAAUGUAAUGAUUUCUGAAUGGGAUUCCAGAGAAGACUUAAUUCAAACUCUGCGUAGUUCUUGCUAUAUUAUAGGUUUUACUGGCAUGCAGCCUCCCUUGCUUAAUAAUGAAUGGCACAUAGAUGGUGGAUAUACAAACCGUCUUCCACAUAAUAAUUGUCCACAGACCAUCUCCAUAAGUCCUUACAGUGGCUGUGCCAGUAUUUCUCCUAGGGAAAAGCAGAAGAAUGGGUAUGAUGUCAAAUGGGCUGAUAUGAGAAUGCAUGUUACUUAUGAUAAUUUUGAGCGUCUUUAUAGAAGCUUGAUGCCUCCCCCUCCACACAUUUUGAAUAAAUAUUAUCACUGUGGAUAUCAGGAUGCCUUACAUUUUCUGAGAUGUAAGAAAUCACCAAAUGGGUAAAAGUUUUGUUAUACAUCAUAACAGUGGAAUACAUUUUUGUUAAGGGAGGUUUCAAGACAUUAAUCCCUAUCUUUUGGUUAACUCUCGGUACUGUAAGGGGACUGGCAACUAAAUGGUCCUUUUUUUUUCCUCCUCCCUUGGCCAGUCUCUUUCUUACAUGAAAAAAAAAAAAAAAGAAUGAAAAAAUAUCAUCAUGAUAGUAAAUCAUGUGCAGAUGAGCUCGUUUGGCUGCUAGUGGUGGAGGUGGAGGUGGUGGUGGUGGACUGAAUGUUUUUUGUUAGUUCGUGGAAAGCAGCAGUGAUGGCAGAUGUGAAUAGUGAUUUGCACAGCUGGCGAGUUAGUUUUGCAAGUGUUAUUUUAUUCUAAUUCAAAUUUUAUUAAGAUUUUAGUGUGUUAUGCUGGUUGUAUACUGCAUUGUAAUGACUGUGUGGUUACAAAUUCUACUGUAAUGUUUUUAUAUGGUGAUGACUUAUAAAACUUCUUUUCUUCUGUUGGAGAUGUUAUGAAUGUUAUAAGGCAGCAGGUAAGCAUCCAUUUGCUACCUUAUAACUUUUAUUUAAAGUGUGGGGAGAGAUUUUUAAUGUAUUGCCAAGACAGCUUUGGUGCUGUGGUGUUGUUGCUUCUCCGCAAUCGCAAAAUUGUUUGGUCCAUCACCGCACAGUUCUUUCACUUGCAUAAACAAUUAAUUCUGUAUCCUUUGUAGGUUUCUCUGCUUUGUACAGUCUUAUUAUGGAUGAAAUUUCCCCUUUGCUCAAGUCUCUUCUCUUGCCCAUAUUGCCACUAGGCCACAAAAUACAAAGGCAACUGGGUGCAGAGGGAGAGGGGCUGCAGGAAGCAAAAAACUCACAAACCCUCCCACUAAUUUGGCUGGAGGGUAACUGGUGGGUAUUCCUCCCCUACACUUCAUUCUCUGUCUCCUUUCAAUUGCCAGACAUGUUAUGGACUUUAGCUCAGCCUGGCCAGUGUUUGGGGGAGGGGGGGUUGAACUGAUCUGCACCAUUACAUUAAUAGGUGGCCUGUUCCUGAUUUGUGCAAUUGUGGGCAAUAUAUAUAUAUAUA